CUGCCAACAGAGCGGAAGCCACAAGAGUCCACAUCAUUCUUAGUGCCAGAGAAAAAGACUCACAAAUAAUGUACCUCCCCUGAAAUUAAGGACAGAGUCCAGACAAAUAAAUGGCUUCUGCAGGAUGUCUGUGAGAAUUGGUAUGCGGGUUCCCAAGCCCGGAGGACCGCUAGAACAUCCUCCGCUACAUCUUCAGUCGCUCAGUGCUCUCCCUCUCUCCUUUCCAUCUCCACACCCGCCUUCUGUUUUUCCCACCCCAACCUCCUUGAACUUUGGAAAUCAGAGUGCUCACUCUGCUAUGAAGGACCCCCGCGAGGCUGCUCCCCCUCUCACCACCCAGGACUAGGUGUUGGGCGAAGAAAGGAUGAUCAGCCAGAAAUGACAGGUGAGGAAGCUUCUGGACUGCUUGCGUGCGUGCGGGGGUGGCAACAUCCCGAGACCGGUUGCAGUCCUGUUUGCUAUGGCUGGACUCUUACCCACUCCCCUCGCCUCGGGUUCAGCAUCCUCAGAGCGUAACCACGGCCCCCUGAGGCCGGAGAGCAGGCACACAUCCUUACUCCCCGCGGGUCCUCCACGCACCACCCCUCGGCCACCCUUAACCUGGAAGGGACCCAGUUCCCUUCUGCGAAGCCUAGCUCCCGGGUCACGUGUCGUCUAGGGCAGCCUCUUGUUGGAGAAGGUGCGGUCGCCUGGGGUGCCUUGCUCCUCAAACCGGGUCAGGAGACCUCUGAAAGGCGUCAGGGGGCAGGGCUUCCUGUGGGAAAGGGCCGGGAGGACGCGGGUGGCCUCCUGGCUGCCUCUGCCGGCUUCCUGCCCGCCCAGGGCUUUGCCGAGGUCACCCGCGCCAGGCCGCUCGAGUCCGCGUCCUGCCACUUUCACCAGAGGCUCUUCAAGGCUCAGGGACCCUCAUGUCCUCAGCUCUCGAGCCGCCGUCCGGGUUCCCCGCCACCUUGCGCUGUCAUUGAACUAGGGAGACUUCCCCGCCUACUCGAGGCUCCCAAGAGAGCGGAUCCCCGGUGCACCAGCUUGGUCCAGACCCACUUCCCGGCUGCAGCCGGGUCACAGGAAAACCCUUCGUCGUCGUGGUCCGGGACUUUCCGAGGCUUUCGGGAGAAGAGACAAGGCUCCAGAUCUAGCGAGCUGUGGCCACUGGAAGGCUCUCAGGCGUGCCAUUACUUAACGAAAAAGGAAUUGAGGCUUCCCUCUACUCCCCGUGAAUCACGGCACUGUUAAUAGUCAUCCUCAUGAUGAAAGUGGUCAAAGCAGAAAUGAAACAAAUCGGGAGAAGAAGGGCCAGGGGACGUCAUGUCCUCCUUUGAAGAUGCUGACACGGAAGAGACGGUGACGUGUCUCCAGAUGACUGUUUACCAUCCCGGUCAGCUGCAGAGUGGAGUAUUUAAGUCAAUAAGGUUCUGCAACAAAGAGAAAUUUCCUUCUAUUGAAGUGGUGAAGUUUGGUCGGAAUUCCAACGUCUGCCGGUACACUUUUCAGGACAAACAGGUUUCCCGAGUUCAGUUUGCUUUACAGCCAUUUAAACAGUUCAACAGCUCGGUUCUCUCGUUUGAGAUUAAAAACAUGAGUAAGAAGACCAGUUUGAUGGUGGACAAUCAGGAGCUCGGCUACCUCAAUAAAAUGGACCUGCCUUACAAGUGCAUGCUCAGGUUUGGAGAGUAUCAGUUCCUGUUGGAGAAGGAAGAUGGAGAGUCGGUGGAAUCUUUUGAGACUCAGUUUAUCUUGUCUCCAAGACCACUCUUGCAAGAAAACAACUGGCCAACACAGAGUCCUGUACCUGAGGAUUCGGGGUAUUCAUCCUACUUCACCCAUAGGACUUCUCCUACAGAAAUGGAUGAAAAUGAAUUGUGAAGAGAGCCCACGUAGAGAAACGUGAAGGAUGGAUGAGUGUAGUGUAGUACAGAUAUCUGCAUGCUGACUUUGGAUUUAGUAAUAGCAUUCGGAAGUCCAUAUAUAGGCUGUGUUUGUCGUCAGCUCAGUCAGCUGUUUGCAUUCCGGAUCUACAAAGAAUUAAGUGUAUGUCUGUAAGGGUUAGUGUAUGAAACAUACCUGCUGUGUCAUGCUGUUCUUGGUCCUUUUUCUGCUUGAUGGCACUCCCAUGCUUUGUUUUGGUAACAGCCAAGCUGGGUCACAUCAUUUCGUAGCAGCCUUUGGUUUUCAAGUUCAAAGCUCAGGCGGAUUGUUCACUGGUGUCUGUGGCAUGUUAAUACUUGUAGAGCUGGAGUCCUGGAAUGAGUUCUUGAGUCUCAUCUGAGUCACUGUGGUUUCAUGAUGGAAAGACUUGAGAAAGAACACCUUGAUUUUCUUUCUAUGAAAUUACAAUAUUUAUUCCUAAGAUGGCAGUUUUGCUUUUUUGCAUGUAGGACCUACAGUUAACAUUUAAAGAACAUGGAGGUUAAAAUUAUUUUUUUACAAAAUUGAAAAUUGCCGGGUGGUGGUGACACACGCCUUUAAUCCCAGCACUCAGGAGGCAGAGGCAGGGGGAUCUCUGUGAGUUCAAGGCCAGCCUGGUCUACAGAGUGAGUUCCAGGACAGCCAGAGAUACACAGAGAAGUACUGUCUCAAACAAAAUAGCACAAAACCACCACCACCAAAAAAAAAAAAAAACAACCCAGAAACUGAAAAUGAAUUUUAUGUACCUUACACAAUUUAAAAAUUGCAGAAAUCAAAACUUGUAACAGCCUCUUUGUGUCUGAUGACGUCAGAGCUCAGUCCACUAGCCUCUUCUCUGAGACUUCCUAAAGAAGGAAAAAACGUUCAUGCUCAGCUGCUGUAGAGAAGUAAAUAUAUGUGAAUAUUUGUAAUAAAUGCUUUCAUAUUUCUAAACGCUCGCUUUCACAACUUUUAGAAGCUGUGUUUAAGAGAUUCUCAUUCAGUUCCUUUUGGCUAGAUGAAGAUGAAUGUUUGUGAAUGUUAUGUAAAAGAAUGACAGCCAUCAAGUUAAGAUAAAUUCUAGCACUACCAGGAAGCAAGGCUCCCUGUGUAAUUACCUUGGUAAAUGAAAUUCUGUGCUAUAACAGAUGAGGUGGGGGGGAACUAACCACACACACACACACACACACACACACACACACACACACACACACACACAUUUGUUUUUGAGACAACAUCUCUCUUUGAAGCUCAGGCUGGCCUUGAACUCAUGAUCCUCCUGCAUCAGGCCCCUGAAUGCUGUGCUUACAGGUGUGCAC